AUGGGCCUGUUCGGUCGACGAGUUGCAAACAGUCCUCCGCAGACGUCAGCAGCAUCCUCCACUCCGCCUACCGAUUCUGUCGUGCAGAAUACUCCCUUACUUCAGUUGCCCCCUGAGAUAAUCCAUCAGAUCUUGUGUUAUCUUCACUGCCAAUCCCUGGUCUCCCUCGCCCGGACAUGUCGACAACUGCGCGAGCUGACGCAAGAAGACCUGCUUUGGGCGAACCUACUACGAGCCACCGUGCCUCCAGCAGACUUCCCGUCCGAUCCCUAUCCAUCCUCCUCAUACCGUGACCUCUAUAUAUCGCACCAUCCCUACUGGUUCUUGCCACGCUACAAGAUAUGGAUCUCAGACGAGUCUUACAUAGGAAGGGCCAUGAUAUGCAGGUUCGAUCCCCGACGCGGAUGUAUCGAGGGAUAUCGCAUGUUGGCCGAAAGACAACCGUCAAUGGGAAUAUUCUGGCCAUACAAGCCGAACGUGGUCAUCCACUCCUUUGAACCUAGGGUACAUCUAUAUCUAGAUGACCCGAUAUUGAAACUGCCACAUGAUGUCGUGCCCUUCACUACACGACAAGGAUGGUGGGAGGCAGAAAUCAAGAUGAGCGUGGGACGGCCUGGCCACAAUACGUCUGCCUCGUUCUCACUUGCACGAAACAUUCCCGAACAUCUCCUAGACAAGAGCAUGGUCGUUUGGCCGCCAUGGACCAUCCCUGGAAUGCCACGAGUACGUGCUGCCAGCGUUGACAACUUCAGAGGGUCUGGUCACAAACCACAAAAGCACGACGAGAUAUCGCAAACAGCAUUUCGUCUCCGACAGUGGUCACAAUUCAGUACUGGCAUGGCCCACUUUGGCAUUCGUGUAGGUGAAGAGGUGAGCACGUGGAGCACAAUCGAUCCAUCUCUCUAUACACCGACGCCGGAAAAGCCAUACCAAGGCAUUUUCGUGGGGGACUAUGCCGGACAUGGCUGCGAGUUUCUUUUAGUCAUGCAAACAGACAAAGCACCCCCUGUCCCGACUAGGCCUUCCUCGAGGUAUUAUCGAACCAUGGUAGGACUCGAGGACGAUGAUGACUCGAGUGAAGAAGAGUUUGAAGAGGAAUCCAGCGACGAAGAGCGGGAGCCACCACCUCCACCUGCACGUCCCAACAACUCACCCUCAGCCGCACAAGAUGACGACGGCGUGCAUCGAGGGGCCAUUGAGGCAGUAAAGUUAACCGGAGACCCGAACAUCCCUCGGGGCGAACACACAUUCAUCGCCGACGAUAUUGGACCCAAUGGCUUGAUUCGUAUAGCCCAAGAGCACCCUUUCAAAGGAGCACGUGUUGUUAGGAGCCGCGGUCAUGUUGCCGCUCGCGGAUUCCAAGACGACAAGUUCAUACCCUCCCAACUGAUCAUGAUCAGCCAUGACAAAUUGGCCCAGUACUGGUUACCAUAUGGGCAUGUGUCAUUUUAUGAAAGAGUGGAUAUUGACAAACUGAUGGACGAGACGCUUAGACAACCAAAUAGUGGAGGGUAA